GGCGGGCGGCCGCGCGCGCGCACCGCUGCCGACCAGGCCGGCCUAUAUAACGAGCGCGGCUGCCGGCGACGGCGACGUCCACAAUCGCAUCGGCCGGCUGGCAACGUCAUGACUCCGGCGGUUCUGCUCACCCUGACUGUGCUGCCGCUCACAGUGAGCGGUAUGCCGACCAACGACAGAACAUGUCGAUUCGGUAACACCACUUACCAAACGGGAGACACCUGGUACCCCCGGGUCUCGGAUAACGGAAGCAAUGAACGCACCUGCCUCGUCUGCAAAUGUCACCAGGGUAACAGUUUCAACUGCACCAACACUGACUGCGCCUCGGCAUGUCGGGGCUCGUCCCGGGAAGACCUGGAGUGCUGUAACAUCUGUAGCGAGGCGGACGUGGGCGGUCCGCCGUUCCGGACCCAGGCACGGGACGUGCGCGUUAGCUCAGCCUCAUCCACUCCGUGCAUCAGAAACGGCCACCGCUACCGACAGGGAGAGAAGUUCACCUCCAACGACACCGGCCUCGAGCCCACCAAGACCUCGCAGUGCGUCCAGUGCAUCUGUGAGUCUGACAGCACGGUGCGCUGUGCGUUGGAGGAGUGUCCGCGCGCCUACUGCGACAAACCGAUCGAGAAGCCCGGCCACUGCUGCCCCGUCUGCCCCGAGGAGAGCCACAGUUUUCUGAAUGACCGGCUGCAUGCGGCGACCAACGUCCUGGACAAGCCUUCCAUCGAUUCGCUGGAGAUUAUCGGCAUGGGCAGGAGUACCUUCACGGUGCAGAGCCCCUCGCCGCGUACCGGAAACGACUGCGUCUCGGGAGUCAAACUGUACCCGAACGGCGCCACGUGGCACCCGGUGAUGGGGCCGUUCGGCCGGCUCACCUGCGACCUGUGCCGCUGCUCGGCCGGCACCGUCGAGUGUAGCCACGUGCAGUGCCCCAAGCCGACCUGCGCCCGGCCGCAGGUGGUGCUCGGACAAUGCUGCCCUCUCUGCCCCAACUCCAAAGGCUCGGAACAGGCGGCACCCUCUCGCCCGGACAUGCCCCUGGUCAAAUGUGUCCCGGCCCAGAGGGCGCUGCUCGUGUGGAAGUCGCAUGGCGGCGCCAACAUCUCACAGUUCAUCCAGUACAUUUUCGAGCGGCCCACCCGGUACGGUCUUUCUGAGAAGCACGAGUGGAUGUUCAGCCGCGGCGAGAAGCAGACCUUCAGGAUGCUGAGGAUCGACGACAGCAGCGUCAGCGACCUCAAGGAGGUGGCUAGCUUCAAGAUGCUCGGCACCACGAAUCAGAAGCGUCUGCGCCGAUUCUUCAACCGCGAGCAGGCCGUGUCCCGUAAGUGCAAGGCCCGCUGCGGUGAGCGUGUGCUGCGCUUGGAACGCACCCUCCGCCUGCGUCAGCCGAAACAACGGCGCGGCUGCCGGCCAAAUGAGCGUCAGAUCGACCUCUAAACGCUGCACUUGAUCAGUGUAGAGUUCAGGGAUGUCGGCUGAGGCGCACAGUGGCUCAAUCUGCCCCCACAUCGGACCACAAUCAUCAUUCGGACAGUCCUAUCCUGGCACUGUGGCGACGCGGACUUUGGUGGAGUCGCCUACCACUCUGUCCGUCGGUCGGGCGAUUUCGGUAUGUGUGCCACGGUGGGCACAAUGCGGGGUUGUCUGGGGCGGGUGGCCGGUCCGGGGGCCGCGCGGGGACGGGCCGCUGUUCCGUUUUGGCCGCGGUGUAGACUCGCUGGACCAGAGUGCGCUGACAGGGCUGGUCCCGUCGCUUGUACUGCCGAGCGCUGGCGCCGGCCGAUUGUGAUACUGACGCGCGGUCGGGGGCCGGUCAUGUUGGGGUCAUUGUCAUGUUGUUUAUUUUUUCACGAGUGCAGAGAGUGGAAACUGCUAAGUGCGGCGCGGUGCCGCAGGUCCGAGGGUGUUGACAGGUGCUGUGUAGUGCGUAGCCGGCUGAGUGAGAGUACUCGGCUGCAUCCGACAUAACGUGCUCGUGUGCGCUUAUCCGUUAGCGAGCGCUCGUGUGGUGGCUUUUAAAUACUCAUGGAAGCUAGUCACUUAUUCUGCGUUUUGUGUCUGGUUGAAUCCGCGGCAUGUGAGCUGGGCGGACGGCAGUAUUUUAUGCUCAGGUUAGCUUGGUUGGACUUCUAGGAUUGGUGAUGUUUGAAUAUGGCAGUGAUUCAAACCCUUUGCGGCCUAGGGUCCAAGCACGCUGCAUUGUACGACAAUUAAGCGCGUCAUCAUUAAUUUCAUCUUUUAAUGACGCACUUCUUGUAUUUUCUACCAUGUCUCUGUACCAUCUUCGGUGUUCUGUGUCGUUCGGCUUUAUUUAGCUGCAGGAAGGUGAGGGCGCCAAGCUUAUUUCCCUAUGAUCUCACACUGUGUGCUAGUCGAAACAA